GACAGCGGUCUUAGCAACCAGCAUGGCGACGGUAAAGCUUCGCUCUUUAUUUGUUUAAGGCUGUUAGUUUUUCAGGUUAUUUUGCGGCACUAUGUUCAAAUAUAUGCACCUCAAGGCUUCCAGAUGCCCCCCGAGAUUUGUCUUCACUCGUGGGGUAUAUAUUUGAGGAAAAAUGGGAUACGCUGAAUGUAACACAAUGGAAUCAAGAACAGGAAUAUUCUACAGAGUGGCUGGAAGAUGAGAUCAACUGCACAAAUUUACCACCAUCAGGUGAACAGGAUUUUAAACCCAAGAGAGAAAAUAAUCUUUUCGGCUCCACGUCCAGGAUCUCACCUGAAAGCAAGAAACCUCUCAGUAACAGCGGCGUCUCUGCAGAGGAUGAAGAGUUAAUGUAUCUUGAAUUUAUUGCAACGGUGACAGAAGACAUCUUGUCCAGAGGGCACGUCUCGAACAGCACGAUAGACCGGGUGAUGACACGUCAUAUUGACAUGAACCUGCAUCGACUUGAUGAGGGUAAAAUGCGCCACCUUCUGGAAGAGCUCUGCAAAGAACUGGAAGAGCCACCCAACACGCCCCCCUCUAAAACAGAAACUGAUUCACUUGAUAAAAUGUUCUCACAUCUGGAGUUUGAGAGGAAACAAGUGAAGACUAAAGACGACACUGACCCUUUAACUCACAAGCCACUGAUUAAUAACUGGGAUUUGUCACAUUGUGAUCAUCCUUUACUGGUUUCUACUCCCUUAAGUUCCCCUAAUACACCUUUAACCACAGUAGUUGGAGAAGAGACGAAGAACGAUGGCGACGAUGAUGACUCAGCUUCACUCAGAGAUGAAUUUCUUAAUCACCAAGACGACGGUCAGGAGGGCUUCCAUCAGAGAGAUGCAGCUGCAACCAGAGCUGAUGACAACCGCGACUCCUCCAAUAUAAACAGUGAUCUGAAUCAAGAGGACGGGAAUUUAAAAAGAGAAAUCAAAGAGCUUGAGGAUCUGGGAAGCAACUUGUCAGAGAUAUUACAUGUAUCCAGAAGCACACGUGCCGUGGAAACUGCCAGUGAACCGGAUGCAAACAGUGCUGGCUCUGCCAGUGACGAUGAUUUCUAAAUGCUGCUGCACUCAGGGUUGGAGGCUUUUAUUGUCUGGUUCUUCAAAGGUUGUAAAACAGUAGGCUGUAGCAAUUUAAAACCACUCACUGUUU